CAGGAAACGAAUACGAGGACACAUUGUCGUGGAACAGGAGUUGAAACAUUGUAACGAUCCACUGCUCACAGACUGAGAAGCCCACUUUGAUUAAGGUGCACGAGGAAGGUUUUCAGACACAGCACCUUCACGUGAAGACAGGCUAAGAGCCAUGUCUACCGCGGUGGAUCUGAAGACAAAGGAGGAGAAGGAUGCCGAGCUGGACCGGAGGAUCGAGGCCCUGAGGAAGAAGAACGAAGCGCUGGUCAAGAGAUACCAGGAAAUAGAAGAGGACAAAAAGAAGGCGGAGCAAGAAGGCAUCGCCGUGACGACAGCCAGGAAGCCCCGCCCUCACGAUGGAGAACCAGACAGGCGGAGGACAGAUAAGGAGAACUUCACUGUGACCGUAGACCUGUCCAGGCCUGCAGGGGACAAGCGCUCUGUGAUGAAUGACUGGAAGAGCACAGGGCCCCCGAGGGGCAGGAGGACCUCAGAGGAGGGGGAUGGUAGCCCCCCUAGGAGGGCAGGGUCAGGGCGUCUGGGGCGCGGCGGCCAGCGUGGGGGCGGGGCCCGCCAGGAGAGGAGGGAACCUCGCCCCGAUAGAGGAGAACCUCGUCCAGAGAGACCAUACAAGGAGGGGGAGACAGGGGAGGGGCCUGGGAUGGGCCGGAGGGGAGGGAGGAGAGGUGGAAGAGGAGGGAGAGAAGGGGGAGGCAGAGAGGGAGGAGGCAGAGAGGGAGGAGGCAGAGAGGCAGGCUCUGGUGGUGACAGGAAGUCUAAGGAGUGGGAGGAGAAGAGGAGACAGAAUAUUGAGCAGAUGAACGAAGAGAUGGAGAAGAUCGCAGAGUAUGAGAGAGGCCAGAGGGGGGACGGAGACAGGCCCAUCCGGAACUUUCUGGACGACCCUCGGCGCUCCGGUCCGGUUCCGGACAUCGAUCGCAAGGAGGGCAGCCGACGGCACGUCCGGAACUGGGGCGGGCUGGACUUUGAGAAUGUGAAGACGGGAGCCGAGAUGGAGAAGGAGUGGAGUAGUCGGAGGCCGGGUCCUAAGGGAACAGACAUGACCAUGUCGAUGACGGGGCGUGAGCGGGCUGAGUACCUGCGCUGGAAGAAGGAGCGUGAGCAGAUCGAUGAAGAGCGUCUGGCACGCCACCGCAACGCUACGGGCCAGUGGAAACGGGAGUGGGACGCUCAGAAGACAGACACCAUGUUCAAGGAGGAUCCAGCUUUGGCCUCUGAAGGCAACACGCCUGACCAGGAAGGACGCAGAGAUGACAGUAAACGCCCCCCCAAGGCGCCCACAUUUGGAGACUUCCUGGGUCAGGGGCGUGGCCGGGAGGGUGGGCGUGGGGAGCGUGCCCGGGGGCGGGGUCAGAGCAAGAGUUACAGCAUGCAUGACAACCGCUGGGAGGGAGAGAGGGAGGACGAGGAGAAAGAGAAGAGCGACAAGCCCAAAAGAGAGGAGAGGACGAAGGUGGGAAAGAAGACCAGAGGCUCCACGUCCCAGAAGGUGGGGGAGAAGAGUGGAGCAGGAGAGGAGGACGAGGACGAGUGGGAGGACGCCAGCGACGGGGAGGACGAGGAGGAGGAGAUCUCAGGGGAUGACGACUCUGAGGAGGAGGGCAGGAAAGACAGAGAGUCCCAGAAGGAGAAAACGACAAGGAAAAAAACCCAGACCGCCAACCCCAGACAGCAGCGCACCCCCCGGCCCAAGGUGCACAUCCCCCCCCCGCAAGCAGCACAGGACUCCCCGGAGGGGGCCAAGCCCCUCAGUCCCUUCACCCCCCUGGAGGGCCACCAGCCUGUGUCUGACUGGGGGGAGGAGAUGGAGAUGGUGUCACCACGCAGUAGCCUAGGAGAGAGCCCUCUGAAGCCCCCCAGUGCGGAGAGCAGCCCCCCCCAGGUCCAGAGCAGACCUCCCCAGGCCCAGAGCAGCCCCCCCCAGGCCCAGAGCAGCCCCCCCCAGGCCCAGAGCAGCCCCCCCCAGGCCGAGCCCCUGGAGAAGCAGGCAUCGUCAGUAGAGAAGGCCGACGUACAGAGAGUGGUAGUUUCUGAACCGGCACCAGAGGACACCCCUGCCCUGAAGACAUCAGCCCCAACACAGCCUGCCUCCAGCCCCCCCCAAGCCCCUGAAACAGAGGCCCCCUCGUCCUCUCCCCCUGCCAGCCCCAGCCCAGCCCCAGGCCUCCCACCUCAGGGUAACUGCGUCACACUAGCUCUCUUCACAGCUUGGGAUGUAACUGGGUGUUUGAGGAAACGUCAAUUCUGAAAUGUGGUUUUCUUCUCUCGCAGACUCAGUGGAGGCCCCUCCCCCUGCAGAGACCACUCCCCCUGCGGAGGCCCCUCCCCCUGCGGAGGCCCCUCCCCCUGCGGAGGCCCCUCCCCCUGCGGAGGCCCCUCCCCCUGCGGAGGCACCUCCCUCUGCGGAGGCACCUCCCCCAGCAGCUGAGCUGGAAACGGACCAGACCCCACAGGCACCGGCCCAGGUAACCGGUGGUGACCCGGUGCCAGAGCCCGCCCCCUCCGGGCCGCAGGCGGAGAGCGAGUGCCCGUCUGAGCUGCCGUCCUCAGCGGGAGAAGAGCCGUCGUCCUCCUCCUCCUCCUGUACUCCCAGCUGAGGCGCACAAGACAACACAGUGACUCCCUUCUCCUCCCCCCCUCCUCCCCCCCCCCCCCUCUGCUCUGUUGACAGGCUGAGACGUGAGCUCAUCUGGACAAACUGACUUUCCACUGCUAGUGGUUUACAGAGGCUGGAGGAGGAGAGGAGGAGAGGAUGAUACCACACCUCUUUCUCAGUUAGCUUGAUUGAGGCCGUCAGCUUAGACUAAAGAGGAGGAGCCAAGUAGCUACCUGGACCCUAAAACACACACACACAUACACACACAUACCCCCUCACAUACACACACAUACCCCCUCACACACACACACACAUACACACACACACACACACUGUCUCCUCCUGUUCCUCUCCCUCCCUCUCUUCUCUCUUGUACCUUCUACACUGUCAGGUUCCAGUCAGUCUGCCACACAGAGAAAGAACCGGGUUCUAACACAGGUGGAACCGAACCUGCUACCUUGUUAUAGUGGCGAUGAUGAUGAUGAUGAUGAUGAUGAUGGUAAGCGACAGUGAGGAUGGUGUGAUGUGUCACCAUGUUGUCCUGACACAUUUUUUAAUUGAGUUUUGAUGAGUUUGUGUGUUUGUUAUAUUAGUGUGGGAUGAGUCACUGCUUGGUUUGGGUUCCCACCGUGUGACCGCACCUCAACACAACUGCUUUCCAGAAACACCCUCCUUCUGCUCCUGUUAGUUCAGGGAUGGAGACUGACGGGGAGAUAAUGGGUUGUAAUGCCCGCAGUGAUGUUCCUGGAAGCGGGCAUUAUUUAGCAUGAGAAACAGUACAGGGGAACAUCGUCUAGAAUAAAUGUUUACAUGAGCUUGAUCGCAGCUCAAAGUGUUUCAUUAGGCCACACCCUCUCUCCCCUCUCAUUCUAUCAAUAGAUAAUGUGUGGGUUAUCUGUCUAUAAAGUUUGUAUUGACCGUUGAUCACUCAUAUGGAACAAAGUCAUUGAACUGAGGUUCAGAUUAACAAUGUACAGAGCCCCUGUUAUCACCUAAUCAUGGACACGACUGUAAAUAUGAAUGUGGAAAGAGCGUUUUUAGUUGUCAGUUGAUAAUUAUGCUAUCACAUCAGGAGUAUUUGUUCGUUCGUUUUUUUUCUAUUUCUUUUUUAUCUUCUUUUGAAAUGUGAUUGUGAUGCAGUGACUGUGAAGUGAAUGCAGGUGUUAGUAACAUCUAAUGCGGGUUAAGGCUGUCAGUCUAGCGUCUUGUCGCAUCGCAUCUGUGACUGACGGGGCUCGUGGCUGUUCACGUGCUGUCGUUUUCACUAAGGGCUGACACGAGGUGUCGCUUAUCUCAGCCGCCGAGAGUUUUGGGAUUUUUCUUGUUUUUAAGUUGGCCUUUUCACAGCAUCAUGAAAUUGUUGUAAAAACGAAUAGUCUCAGAUGUUGAUGUUUAAACUCUGAUCAACCUUUGCUUUAAUUUUUAAUUUUCCAAAAGAAACAAUGAUGAAAUUGUGAGUGGAUGAAUACAUGGUAACGUGAGGAACUGCAAUAUGUACAGUUUUUAAAAUGCAACUGAACAUUCCAAGGUUGUCUGAAGACGUACGAAAAAGUUAAUUUCUUUGUAACUUGCUUUGUUUUUAUUUCAGUUUAUGACGCGUGAUUGUAUAGACUAUAGACCUUCGGGCAUUACGUUCAACCUGCUUUAGGCUACCUGUCUUCCGGUUGCACCAGAAAACUGCUUUAUGAUGUUUUUGGUUUUAAUUUGCCUUCAGAAUGGGAUGGCAUAUCCCGAUUUAGCUUAAUUUAAAACGAUUCUUCACUGUAGUUUCCAAAUGAAUCAUUGUCCCUAUAAGAUGCCACCCUCCACCUUUUUAAGAACACUUCAGUCAUCGAAGCAAGUUUUUAAACGGCUUUUCUUCCUAGAAAGGUAAAUGUGUCAUUUACUUGUCAUCUUAUCUAAUAUGCACGUCAAAUGUAUCACCUUGGUUUAAUUUUGCUUUUGAGUUCUGGUAUCCAAUAAAUGUAUUUGUCUGGUU